UUGUGUCUUUUCACUUCAGUGGGCUGCUAUCAACAAUCAAUAUGCUAUGUGCAAAUUCCUUCUCGAUUCUGGUGCCGAUGUCAAUGCCAAGGGGGGAGAAUCGGUAGCUACUCCGGCUAUGUGGGCAGCGCAACGUUGCCACUAUUAUAUAGUACACCUCUUACUACAGCAUGGCGCAGAUCCUCUUCUUACCGAUGUCCAAGGCUACAAUAUUCUACAUCUUGCCACGAUCGAUGGAAACGCAUUCCUGCUUGUGCUUCUUCUACACCAAGAAAUACCGGUGGAUGUUCCCGACCAACAAGGCCACACAGGUCUAAUGUGGGCGGCGUAUAAAGGCUACCCUGCAUGUGUGGAUAUCUACUUGCGCUGGGGUGCCAACGCCAAUGCGGUUGAUGAUGGCGGUCUAACCCCUCUGCAUUGGGCCUUAGUCAAGGGAUCUCUUCCUUGCGUCCAUAAGCUCAUAGAAUAUGGUGCAGAUAGGUUCGCGAAAACCAGGGAUGGUAAAACGCCAGCGACCGUAGCUAGUGAGAUGAAUACGACCCGGAUAUGGUAUCGCGCUCUAGACGAAUGUGGUUAUGACUUCGACGGAAACACCAAAAUCCUGCCUAUGGGCCUGACGCCCUGGGUGCGGAGUAAGAACGCCUUGUCGAAAUUCUUCUUCAUGUGGCCUUUUUUUAUGAUAUUUGCAGCUGUCUGGAUUCUCAGCAAUGUGGUUGUGUUUUUCGCUGUUCCGCUCAUGCUGCUUACGGUCUAUGGUCUUCAAUGGAUGGCUCAAAAAGUCGCUAAUCAAGGCCCUUCGGAGUAUCGAAUCCUCCAAAAGACGGUAAGCAAGCAUCGAUUGUGCCCCAGUCCUUGUCACGUAGUAGCGCUGAUGUUGAAAUAAGCCUUACCUGUCUGGGGUAUUUGCAGGCUCGCUUUUCUGGGUGGGUUUUAGAUACGCCUUCUACUUGCUACCUGGUCAGUGAUUCUUAUCUGCCAUUCCCCCAUGCCGCCUUGUCAAUCUCUAAGGCGGGAUCCGCGCAUUGAGAGGGGUGAGGGACUAUUC